GCUGCAAGGAGGAAGCCAGAAUGAACGCACGUGGUUUAAGAAAAUGUAUCAAAGAGAAGGAAACAAUAGUCGCAAAGAACGCUGAAAUGGAGAAGUACUGCGCCAAACAGGAGAAAAAAUGCAUGCUGUUUCAACGUGAACUGGAUAAUUCCAUGGAAUCCUGCUGGGAGUUAGAGAAGAAGAAUCAUGAACUCCGUGCUCAAUUGCAGGAUAUCUCCUCUCUUCAAGCUAUAUUCGCUGAAGUCCAGUCCUGGCAACAAGAUAAGGAGAUGCUCUUAAAAAAUCUGCAGAAAGCUGAAGAGGAGGUGAAAUUGAUGUAUAAAGAGAACAGAUCUCUAGAUGAAGAAAAUAAGCGGUUGCAGAGAAAGCUACAAAGAGAACAAAUACAUCAUAGAUCCGAGCACAAGCGCUCAACCAGGGACUCUUCUUCUAAGGGUAAGCGAAAGUCGAGGCAAGGGGAAAGCAAGCAUUUUGCUAGAGAAACCGACAUCAAUCUUGACGAGCCAUCCAGACACUGUCCCCACAGUUAUCAAAAUUCUCCACAAUCAAAGAGGUUGAAGAGGUGAGCUGCUGAGCUUAUUGUGGAAGAUCAUAUUUUUCAUUUUUUAUCAAAUUUCCAAUAGUUUGAUUGUGGCACGCAAAAAAUGUAAUUAGCAAAGUUUAGAGUGCCAUGAAUGUAAUUAUCCCAAAAAUGGAUAUAUCAAAGUUUAGGUGUUAGAUAUGUAAAUACAUAGGAAU